AAACUAUUAAAUACACACACACCCCAGAACCAAGCUCCCAGCAUUGCUGUGAAGACCAAACAAGAUGCUGUUUGUAAAAGUCCUUCCUCCAGUAGCUGGCACUGUGUAAUGUCCCUUUCUUUCCCCGUCCCCCUCCUCUUGUUCUUAGGUUCCCGCUUCAGGAUAAGGUCCCUUAUACGGGCCCAUUUUCCGGGCGGGAAGCCUUGCUGACAGCCCUGGGACUGAGAAAAGGGUCAGGACGCCUCCAUUUUACAAUGUCCUACAACAGCAAAGAUCUCAGAAACAGACAUCAGGUCCGCUUUUCACUGUGACCUCCGGGGGGGCUGGCGUCUCCCACUGGGCGCUACGUACAGGGACGGAGAGAAGCCGAGAGCCCCGGGGUGUGGGGGAGGGGCAGCCGUCGGCUUCCUCUCCCGAGUUUUCCUCGCCCACUAGGGUCCAUCCGGGGCCCGGGGCCCGGGAGCCCGAAGGCCUGUUUGGGGCUGUCGAAGCUCUCUCUGGGUGUUGGAGAACCUUCUAGGUCCCCUCUCCGAGAGGGAAUCCAAAGGCUGCUUGUAGGGGCGCCACCCGCAGGAAGGAGGGAGAGGCCGCAGCCGCCCUCGGCUGGAGACUUGGAGCCCUCCGCGUGGAGCGCCACACGGGCUCAGCCUCAGGCGAGGAGGCCAUGGGCUGGGUCAGCCCCACGCUCCUGCUGCCCCUGCUGCUGGGGGCGCAGGAGUACCCAGCCUUGCAAGCCUGUGGGCAGCCCAGGGAGUCAGCACGAAUCACCGGAGGCCUGGCAAGCAGGAUAACCCGAUGGCCGUGGCAGGUCAGCCUACAGUAUAAAUACUUCCACCUGUGUGGGGGCAGCCUCAUCCAUUCAAAAUGGGUGAUAACAGCUGCUCAUUGCUUCGAAAAGAAAAGAAAAAUUAGACAUUGGACGGUUUUUGCAGGCUCAACUACUCUCCUACCACCACUAUUUCCCUUAAAUCGUCCCAGACGUUAUUCUGUGGAAAAAGUAAUCCUUCACCCCAAAUUCUCUGGUAGGCCACCCAAGGACAUCGCCUUGGCAAAGCUGAAUUCGCCAGUUCGUUUCAAGGAAACCAUCCAGCCCAUCUGCAUCCCACCUUCCAUGAUGUUCUUUGAGAAUGUGACCAUGUGCUGGGCAACAGGCUGGGGAGAAAUAAGCGAAGAUAUACCAUUGCAGAAACCAUGGAUCUUACAGGAGAUACAAAUACCCCUCAUUGAUCAAAAGACCUGUGACAAAUACUACCACAUGGGAAUGCCUUUUUUGGAAGCACCUUUGAUAUAUGAUGACAUGCUAUGUGCUGGAUCUUUAUUCGGAACGAAGGAUUCUUGUCGGGGUGACUCCGGGGGACCUUUGGUAUGUAAAGUCAAUGAGAUCUGGUACCAAGCAGGAAUUGUGAGCUGGGGGGUAGGUUGUGGUGAUCCCAGAUUUCCUGGUAUCUAUACCAAUGUCAGUUUCCACACUGACUGGAUCAAAAGUAUAAUUAUGUCCAAAAGCUCCACUCAGUUUCCAACUGAUGUCCUCCCUCUCCUCCUCCUUCUCCUCCAUCUUCUGCUGCACUAAUCCGACCUUCCUGAGACCACUCCUCAUGAAUACUGUUUAAGAAUACUCCAUGAUUCAAUUUAAGAGCUGGAAUGGGCAUGUUCCCCAAAGCUGGGCACUUGAGCAAAGACCUUGCUUGCUCCUCUGAAAAGAUCUUUAAAAGGUAUUUGAAGAUUUUCAGUCCUGUGCCCAAGGAGAAAGAAUUCUAAAUAUUGGAAGGGAGUCGAGAUGUUAUCAGGAAGAUUGUCCGUUUUUCUGUAGUUCAUUUGCUUGCCAAUCUGUUUAAUGAGGAUUGACUGUUUCAAUAAAGGUUGUUGGA